UUCCCCAAGAUCCAGUGGGCUUAUUAUACUAAAACAACUGCACACGCCACCACACAAAACUCGCAAAAAUGCGUAUCACCGUUUUAUGUUGUUUUCUGCUGUUCAGCUGUGCUCUCUCGAAGACCGUGACGAAGGCGUUAACGGAGUCCCUCGGGCAAGAGGUUAUAGAGAUCGGAACACCGCUUAAAGAAAUCCAACCGGACUUAGAAGAGGAGCCGUCUAUGGAAAAGGAUGACGAUGACACUACGAGAGCAGCCCCCGCCACUAAACGAGACGCCAAGAAAGCCCCUGGCUCGAUGGUGGAUGGAAGACGCAAGUUGAAGGACGUUGACAGGAUUGACGGGGUAGAGCAGGAGGACGACGAGCAACGCGUCGAAAAAGAGAUAGCUGACAUCUACAAGGAUAACGACUACAAAGCGGACAGUAACGAGCUGAAAAGCAGUGGCGAAGGUGAAACCGCUUUAAGACAGGGCAAGAAAACCGACAGGUACAAGUUUCAGCCAAAUUUGAAUAAUCCGAGAGAGGUCGAGCUAUUCCGGACCUCUCGGGACGAUCUAGCGUGCGACAAGAAGUCGAAACUCGCCCAUGACGCCAGAACUACGAGUACCCCGAGCACUCAAAAGGCGGCAAGCACUUAUGUCAGUAUGGCCCUGUUUACUAUGUGCACCUUGGGUAUUUUCUACUCAUAAAUAAUGCAAAUAUUUUAUAUUUUACGUUUCAUGCCUUAUUUUACUUUUGUGGUUAUAAAUUAUGAAGUCUGGAAUAAAUUGUGGUCUUUAAUAACAA